AUGAGAGUAUAUCCUGGAUUUUCUGAGUACCAAAAGCUGGCAUUGAUGAGUAGAUGGAUUUGUGAACCUUGCUACAAGCCCACUGGUUUUAGUGGAGUUGUUCUUGAUCUCACCUGUGACCCAGGUUUCUCUUCGGUGAUUCAUGACAAACUCCAAGUUCCCAAUACCAUUCGUAAGGCAUGGAAUGAGAAGGACAACAGAUGUGAUGUUUGUGCCACACACCUGAACCAGUUGAAGCAAGAGGCCAUUCAGAUGGUGCUGACCUUAGAGCAGGCUGCCAACUCAGAACAUUAUGAUGCCUCGCCAGGCUCUCCCCCACCUCUCUCCAAUAUCCCCACAUUAGUGAGUCCCCGGCACAUGGGCAGCCUGCCGCCCAGGGACUGGGCAUACGUGCCUGCUCCUUAUGCUACAUCUAAUUAUACAGGCUUUGUUGCCAACAAACACAGUGGAAAACCCAAUAGUCUAGGAAUUGUCAAUGGGGUGGAGAAGAAAAAUGGCUCUCCUGGACACCAAGCCAAGGUCAGCUUUCAAAUGGCCACCAGCCCGAGCAAUGGUAACGUUCUCAACUCUGUGGCUAUCCAGGCUCAUCAGUACCUUGAUGGCACCUGGUCUUUGUCAAGAACAAAUGGUGUCACUCUAUACCCCUACCAAAUAUCUCAGCUUAUGACAGAGACUAGUCGAGAGGGCCUGACUGAAGCAGCAUUGAACCACUACAAUGCAGAUAAACCCUCCUUGUACAGCUUCCCUGCUUCCCAGAGCACAUAUGUUGCCAGUGAAGUAUCCACAGGCACCUCGGUGGCAGCAUCAUUUUUUGCCAGAGCCGCUCAGAAAUUGAACCUGUCUUCCAAAAAGAAGAAGCACAGGCCUUCUGCAUCAUCUGUUCCUGAAUCUCCUCUCUUCUCUACCAGCUUCAGCAGUAUCCUUCAGACAUCCCCACCCCCUGCACCGCCAUGUUUGUUGAGGGCAGUCAGCAAAGUGAAAGACACCCCUGGUUUGGGCAAGGUCAAAGUCAUGGUGCGCAUUUCUUCCACGCUUGCCAGAGACACGUCUGAGUCCAGCUCUUUCUUAAAAGUUGACCCCCGUAAGAAGCAAAUCACGCUGUAUGACCCGUUGGCCUGUGGAGGUCAGAAUGCUUUCCAGAAAAGGGGCAACCAGGUUCCACCCAAGAUGUUUGCUUUCGAUGCAGUUUUCCCCCAAGAUGCAUCACAGGCUGAAGUAUGUGCUGGGACUGUGGCUGAGGUGAUCCAGUCUGUGGUCAAUGGGGCAGAUGGCUGCGUGUUCUGCUUUGGCCAUGCCAAGCUUGGGAAGUCAUAUACCAUGAUCGGGAAGGAUGAUUCCAUGCAAAACCUCGGUAUAAUCCCUUGUGCCAUCUCCUGGCUCUUCAAGUUGAUUAAUGAACGCAAAGAGAAGACAGGAGCCCGCUUCUCAGUCCGAAUUUCUGCAGUGGAAGUGUGGGGGAAAGAAGAAAAUCUGAGAGACCUCUUGUCAGAGGUGGCUACAGGCAGCCUGCAAGAUGGCCAGUCCCCAGGUGUCUACCUUUGUGAAGACCCCAUUUAUGGCAUGCAGCUUCAGAAUCAGAGCGAGCUCCGCGCCCCUACGGCAGAGAAGGCUGCCUUCUUCCUCGAUGCCGCCAUCACCUCGCGUCGCAGCAGCCAGCGGGACUGUGACGAGGAGGAUCACCGCAACUCCCACAUGCUCUUCACUCUGCACAUUUACCAGUACCGCAUGGAGAAGAGCGGCAAAGGCGGAAUGUCUGGAGGUCGCAGCCGCUUGCAUCUUAUUGACCUGGGUAGCUGUGUGAAAGUGCUCAGCAAAAACCGGGAGGGAAGCUCUGGCCUCUGUCUCUCAUUGUCAGCACUGGGCAAUGUCAUCCUCGCCCUUGUCAAUGGAAGCAAACACAUCCCAUACAAAGACAGCAAGCUCACCAUGUUGCUUCGGGAGUCCUUGGGGAAUAUGAACUGCCGCACCACAAUGAUAGCUCACAUUUCAGCCGCUGCGGGGAACUAUGCUGAGACGCUGUCCACCAUCCAGAUUGCAUCAAGGGUCCUCAGGAUGAAGAAAAAGAAAACUAAGUACACAUCAAGUUCUUCUGGAGGAGAGAGUUCUUGUGAGGAGGGCAGGAUGCGGAGGCCAACCCAGCUGAGGCCUUUCCAGUCUAGAAACACUGUUGACCCAGACUUCCCUAUUUUGCAUUUAUCAAGUGAUCCUGAUUAUUCGUCCAGCAGUGAGCAGUCGUGUGACACGGUGAUUUAUGUUGGCCCCAAUGGCACUGCCCUUUCUGAUAAGGAACUGACAGAUAAUGAGGGUCCCCCUGACUUUGUUCCCAUAGUUCCUGCUCUGCAAAAGACCAAAAAUGAGGGCAGGUUGGAGGAAGUUAGUGAAUCAGGGCCCAGCACAUCUGAAAGAGACUGCCUGAAGUGCAACACCUUUGCAGAGCUCCAGGAGAGGCUGGAUUGCAUAGAUGGCAGUGAAGAGACUGACAAAUUUCCCUUUGAAGAGAUGCCUGCUCAAUUUAGUUCAGACCAGAUGUCUAAGUGCUCUGUCUCAAGUCAGCUGGCAGAGCUUAGCCACUUACCAGACUCGGAUAAGGAAGAUACGGUGCCAGAAUGUCAGCAUCCUGAUAGAGAAGCCAAGGAAAAUAUAAAUGCAACACCCAGCAAAACUAAGAUAAAUCACUCCCCUGUUCCUUCUGGAGCUCUUACUAAUGUUUCAACUCCUUCUUCUCCAAGGAGUGUAACAGGCAGCUCUAGUAAAGAGCUUAGCUCUUGCCAGUUAGCACACAGUGCCAGCUUGCAGAGCAGCAGAGAAGGUCUCAACACCUGUGGAUUUGUGGAAGGCAAACCUCGGCCAAUGGGUUCGCCCCGGCUUGGCAUUGCGAGCCUCUCGAAGACUUCUGAGUACAAGCCACCAACUUCUCCUUCCCAGAGGUGCAAGGUCUAUACACAGAAAGGAGUCCUGCCCAGCUCCACUCCCCCACCAGCUCCCCUGAGUAAGGAUACUGGGGUGACAUCUAGUGAAUCUUUAUUGCAGCCUGAAAUCCGGACCCCACCUGUAGGCAUGAGCCCUCAGAUCAUGAAGAAGUCGGUGUCCUCCAGCAAUGGGGAUUUUGAAGAGACCGUUCUCGAUGAAGAUCGGCAACGAAGCAUUUCUCCAGAAUCCAAGAAGGAGAUUCUGAGCACCACCAUGGUGACUGUGCAGCAGCCAUUAGAGCUGAAUGGAGAGGACGAGCUGGUGUUCACCCUUGUAGAAGAGCUAACCAUUAGUGGGGUCCUUGACAAUGGGCGCCCAACCAGUAUCAUCAGUUUUAACAGCGACUGCUCUGUGCAGGCUUUGGCCUCUGGGUCUAGGCCAGUCAGUAUUAUCAGCAGCAUAUCUGAAGAUCUUGAAUGUUACUCCAGUGCAGCUCCCGUGUCUGAAGUCAGCAUCACACAGUUCCUUCCACUUCCAAAGCUGGGCCUGGAUGACAAAUCCCAGGACGAUGGCAGCAGGCGCUCAUCCAUCAGCUCAUGGUUGAGUGAAAUGAGCACAGGGAGUGAUGGUGAACAGUCGUGCCACAGCUUCAUAGCCCAGGCAUGCUAUGGGCAUGGGGAAGCAAUGGCAGAACCCCCUGUCUCCGAGUUCGCGAGCACCAUACAAAGUGCCAGCAUGAUUUGCGUAAGUGACAAACAGAAGCCAGUGACUGACAACAUGCUUAUACUGUCGGAAAUAGGGGAGGAAGCUUUCGGCAAAGUGCCACCAAUCAAAGGCUGUAAAAUAUCAGCUCUAGGGAAAACUACUGUCACAAUCAAGAAUACCGCAAGCCUCAGCAGCUGUGAAGGCUACAUCCCAAUGAAGACAAACAUUACCGUGUAUCCAUGUAUUGCCGUUAAUCCCUUCAAAGUACAAGACACUGAUGACGCUGUACCAGCAGUAACUGCAGACCCAAAGGUUGCUCAUCCCCAUGACGGGAAAGAAUCCAGUGCUAAGAAGGAUAUCAAAUUUGAAGACCCUUGGCUGAAGAGAGAAGAAGAUGUAAAAAAGGACAGCUCUGGGAGCAGUGAUGGGCCAAGGCCUGACACGGCUGCAGUUUCAGCCAAGCCUGAGCACAGCACAAAGCAGUCCUCAGUGGACAGGUUUAGCAGCAGCAGUGGAGAUGCCUCUAUCUCCCCAGGAUCUGACAGUCUAAAGAGGAUCGUGGAUGGGUGUGAGGUGGCAGCAUCCGGCUCUGCAACCCAAAGCCCUGUUCAUUCCAGUGACGGCUUGAAGAAUGGCAGCCUCCCUCGAGGGCUCUUGAAGGCAAGCAAGCCGGAGGAGCCUGACAGUCACCUCUAUCCUACUGCCACUGACGCCAGUGGAGUUGGCUCUCCUGCCUUCUCCCAGUUUUCUAAGGCUAGCCUUGACAAGAAAAUGGCCUCUCCCAAACACUGUGUCCUCACUCGUCCCAAAGGGACACCUCCUCUGCCACCAGUGAGAAAGUCAAGCUUGGAUCAGAAGAACAGAGCCAGCCCCCAGCACAGUGCAGCCAGCAGCACCACGAGCAGUCCCUCCAGCCAGCCCGGGUCCUUCCUGGCCAGCUUCCCCGAGGAGCUGAAUGCCAAACAGAAGGGCCCUGGCAUUGACAGCAGCAGCAACAACAGCAGCAGCAGCAACAACAGCAGCAGCAAGCUCUUCAGUGCCAAACUGGAGCAGCUCGCCAGCAGGACCAACUCCCUUGGGAGGUCCACAGGAAGCCACUAUGAGUGUUUGUCACUGGAAAGAGCAGAAAGCCUGUCCUCUGUGAGCUCCAAAAUGAGCCCUGGCAAAGACACCACCAUGCCUAGGGCUGGAAGGAGCCUCAGCCGCAGUGUCAUGUCCUCACCCACCAACUCGGGCCUCUCCCAGUCCGCAGGUGCCUCCCCAAAAGCCAGCCAGUCAAAGAUCUCUGCAGUCAGCAAGCUCCUGCUGGCAAGUCCCAAGGCCCGCAGCCUGUCUGCCUCUGCCACCAAAACUCUCAGCUUCUCGACCAAGUCUCUGCCUCAGUCCGUAGGGCAGAGCUCCAGUCUGCCUCCCAGUGGGAAGAACAUGUCCUGGUCAACGCAGUCCCUCAGCAGAAACCGGGGCUCCAGCCUUGCUUCCAAAUUGCCCCUUCGGGCUGUCAACGGGCGGAUUUCAGAGCUGCUCCAAGGGAGCACCAGUGCCAGAGUCCUACAGCCGCGGGGAAGCUCAGAGGCAGAUGAGCACGGGGGCCCUCUUGGAGAUGAGAAGCCAGCUGUUCACAUGCUGCCUUCACCUUACAGCAAGAUCACCCCUCCUCGGAAACCUCACCGCUGCAGCAGUGGGCACGGGAGUGACAACAGCAGUGUCCUGAGCGGGGAGCUGCCCCCCGCCAUGGGGAAAACAGCCCUCUUCUACCACAGCGGGGGGAGCAGCGGCUACGAGAGCAUGAUGAGGGACAGUGAGGCGACAGGGAGUGCCUCUUCAGCACAAGACUCCAUGAGCGAGAACAGCAGCUCUGCCGGCAGCAGGUGCCGAAGUCUCAAAAAUCCAAAGAAACGAUCAAAUGCAGGUUCACAGAGACGGAGGCUUAUUCCAGCUUUAUCACUUGAUGCUGCUUCCCCAGCAAGGAAGCCUGCCAACAGCCCCGGAGUCCGCUGGGUGGAUGGGCCCCUGCGAAGUGGGCAGAGGGGGCUGGGGGAGCCCUUUGAGAUCAAAGUCUAUGAGAUAGAUGAUGUGGAGAGGCUCCAGCGGCGACGAGGUGGGGACAGCAAGGAAGUGAUAUGUUUCAAUGCCAAGCUGAAAAUCCUGGAGCAUCGCCAGCAGAGAAUUGCUGAAGUCAAGGCCAAGUACGAGUGGUUAAUGAGAGAACUGGAGGUGACCAAACAGUACCUGAUGCUGGAUCCUAAUAAAUGGCUCAGUGAAUUUGAUCUGGAGCAGGUAUUUGAGCUGGAUUCUCUGGAAUACCUGGAGGCCCUGGAAUGUGUGACUGAGCGUUUGGAAAACCGUGUCAACUUCUGCAAGGCCCAUCUCAUGAUGAUCACCUGUUUUGACAUCACCUCUAGGCGCCGAUAAAGAACGAACCUCAAGAGAAUUUCAAUGCACAUCUCUGCCAUCCUCCCUUCUGAAUAGCAUCCCAAAGACAACAGAAUGAGGAUGAAGGUUGGAGUCAAGUCUCAACUGUGUGUAUGAGAGAUUUGCUUUACUAUACAGAAGAGUAGUAUUAAAAAAAAGGACAAGCAUGAAAAAUGGAGAUAUAAGGUUGUUGAUUCUCUUAGCCUAAAAGAGCACUUUGAGGAACCUUUAAGGACAUGUCUGUAAAUAAGAACUGCUGGCAGAAGACACUUCUUUCCCUGCGUUAGCUGAGGGAGGAGGAAAGGUGGUUGUAGGACUUCCAUUGAGAGGUUCAUUAAAAGAAAACCUAUCCAGAAAAACUGCUUAAGUGCCUUGCAAAUCUUUAUUAUCCAAACAUUUAUGUUCAUACUUUAUUGUGUACAGAUGGUGCUA